AUGAAGAUUCUAUCACUGUUUGUUAUUAUUAAUAUUGUGACUGUUAUCAGUGGUCAAGAUGAUUGGAACGGUGAUGUAGCUCUUUGUACACCCGAUUCAAAUCCAUUACCACCACCAGCAGGCGUUCCAUUUCCAAUAUUUCCAGCUAGAGCUGAAUUUGGUCUCGAACGUGUUGAAAUAGACACUAUUGCUGCUUCUAACAUACAAACAACUAAACGUUCAAUGUAUGAAUACUUUUAUGACUAUGAUGCUAAUUCACUAGUAGAGGUUGAAAAUUCAAAUGGUAUUAUUAACGUCACAUUCUACUACUAUAACGUUUUGAAAAAAUCCACAUAUUACGGAUCCCAGUUUUGUAAUGUAACAGUUAUUGAAAUGAACAGACCCACAGUUGGAUCAUCAGCAAUUAAUAUUGAUGGACUACCACACAUAAGACCGUUAGACCAAUUUUUACUAUUUGCUAGUAGCAGUCCUACAGAAGGACUCAUUCGACCGAAAUAUAUUGGUGAAGAUAUUGUACGUGGUAUACGUGUUGACAAAUGGGAAACAUGCAUAGUAGAUAAAACAAAUUAUGUUACCACAAAACGUGAAUGGUCAUUUGCUAAGCCAAACUAUGCGAUGCCAGUUGGAAUAACAGCAGUCUCAAUUCCAGUACAAGGUGUUAUAAACGCAACGAAGAUGAUCAAUAGUACAGUAUAUGUAGCUGAAGUAGAUGAAAUAUUUAAUAUAUUAUCAUAUAAACCGGGUAUUGAACGAGCUGAUGCUUUUUCACCACCACGUGGUGCAUUUUGUGCCGGAUUUGGUGAUAGUAGUUUAUCUUCUUUACAAGAACAAGGUAUUGUUUGGCCAAAACGGUUUUCCAUUCGAAUUGAUUCGACAACAUCACAACAAACUCGUUGGCAAACAUUUCAUUUACGUAUUACACAAUCUGAUCGACAAAGAAUAAUUCGUUAUGAUUAUACACCAUUGGCUAAUGAUAUUGAAUCAAUUAUUUUAGAUUACACAAACAGAAUCAAAUACAUAAUUGAUCGUCAAUCAGGUUCAUGUAAAAUUGAGUCUGGUAUUAAUUAUCAACCACUAGAUGCAACAACAUCUCCCGUUGAAUUUUUUAUCAAAUAUGAAUCCUUGUUGAUCCAUGAUCUGACACGCAAAUUCCAGUUCAAUGGUAUCCGCCCGUGUGAAACAUGGCUAGUGACAAAUAUCGAAUGGGCAUGGUCGAUGCGUAAUCAGACAUCAAGUAAACCAUUUGAUUAUCCUGUACAUUUAUAUUUAAAAUUAUUUCGUUUAUCACCUGGUGUUGGAAUGGGUUUUGAAACACAAGAUGUUGAAUAUCAGUUUUAUGAAUAUAGUCAACAUGUACGUGCAGAUGACUUUGAUAUUAGUUUAUGUUAUCGUUCGAACGAUUUAUUUUACAAACAUGUUGCAUUUCAAUUAAAAGUUGAUCGUCCAAUAUCAAUAUUAGAAGAUCCAACUCUCGAUAGACGUCAUAUAAUUGAAACUGUUCGCAAAACUUUAGUUUCAGUAAUGACAAUACAAUAUCUACGUGUAUCCGAUUUAGAAAUUGACCAUAGUAAAGAAAAUGAUACACUCUAUUGUAUUUGCACAAUUUUGCAUCGAUUACCAAGUGAUCCAGCUAGUGAAAUUGGUCUUUCAGAUGCAAGAACAAAAUUAGAAGUUGCAAUUAAUACAAAUCAAUUCACAUUUCAAAUGGAUGAUAAAAAUGGUCAAAAAUUGACAGUUAGUGCCAUUCCGUGGACACUAGAAGAUCUCGAACAUUUCUAUUCAUUUAAUUCAAACGCAACAAUAAACGAUUUCAAUAUCUUCUUAAAUAUAACAAGUAAUCUAAAUGAUACAGUGACACAAAUCAAAGAAGAAAUACGAGAGAAAGUUGUUUAUUCAACUGCCUCUCAAACAGGUGGUAUUGUGGGCGGUUUAAUGGUGGGAAUUGUUCUUGGCUUAUUAACAUUAUUUCUUGUGUAUAGAAAACAAGGUAAAAGAGGUGAACAAUCAUCAUCUUUUCGGAAUGUAGGUUUUCGUUCGAAACAAGCAGAAGCUGUCAUCAACGGAUAA